AUGAGGGUAGUUCUCUCUGUUUUCUGUUUCAUCCUCGUUGUAAGCUGCGAGGAUGAAUGGACACCAGAUACCUAUCCGAACCCUCGGUCAGGUGGAUUCAGGCAAUGCUCAAUGAGAUCUGUCAGCAACAUAUGCGAUCCGAAUCAAAUACUCAAUGAAUCUGAUCGAUAUCGGUUGAACAAUGAGCUGAGCCGUUUAUCUACUCGAUCAUCAAGUGAUUCCAAAGAUUUUUGUGCAAGAAAAGGAAUUGAUGCUGUUCUGGCCAUUGUUCCAGAAGGAUCACAAAAGUUUGCUGAUGAGUUGUCUAAACGAUGGAACCUAGAUGGUCAAUGCCAGAAGAGUGCUGUAUUUGUUUUUUCCUCUGAUGAACGUCAUCUUUAUUACGGAGGAGAAAAAAACACGGGCAUUAAUCCUGCGGAGUUUGAUGCUAUAGCGUUCGCUGCUAAGUCUCAAUUAUCAGCAGGACACUAUGUUGCUGGCUUAGUGAAUAUUUUCAAAGAGUUGGGCAAAAAAACAAAUCCAGUAAUGGAAGUUCCAAGUCCAUCUACACCUCGAGGAUCAAGUUCUUCAAGCUCAGUAUUAACUACACUUCUAGCUUUUGUUAUAUUUUUCAUUUGGAAUUGA